AUGCCUGAGGUUCGUAUUGGCUACUUCGUCGAAGUUCUCAUUCUCGAGACCAUUGAUGUUGACUACUUCUACGAGUCCGAGGUCAUCACCCUUGUCGACGAUGAACACAUCAAGAAGCCCAACUUCUACGUUCCCUUCGUCUGUGGCUACCAAGGCCCUCCACAACGUCUGCAAGGUGCCAAUACGCAACAAAGGCGAGGCCGGCACCGGCAAUGUUGUAGAGGUUUUCGCUCAGCCAGGGGUCAGAUUCAAUCUCUCCACAACAUGGAUGAUGGUGAGGUUUUCGCAUAUGCCAAGAAGAGAAUGACAGCGAGGAGAUAA